GGAAGUGCUUGUCUAGGGUUCGGGCUGGAGAGAGGCCUUGUAGACACAGGCGCCGAGGCUCCGUCGGCUCCGAGCAGGGGGUCGGGUCGCGGGGAGAGUGAGGAGCUCCGCGGCUGGCACCCCGCGUCCCUCGCAGCGCCUUCGCGCCGACGAAAUGGCUCCCAAGAAGUAAAUGCCCAGACGUAAUGGUGAGGAACUGAUCCAGGUGUCAUGAAGUAAGAUGCAGUAUAGCAUCCAUCCAGACUAGAACAAAAUUAUAUCUGUUUUUCUCAGAAAAGAAUUCCAAAAGACUUUUUGAAGGAAGACAUCAUCGAGUUAAAGUACCAAACGAAGACCUGGUAUUUUGAAAUAUGAUUAAUCUCCUGAUGCAGCAUCAGAGGCUAACAAUAUUAAUGGCCAGAUCUAGUGCUCACAUGGUCUUCUGAAGAAGCCAUGGGUAGCUGUUGUAGCUGUCCAGAUAAAGGCACUGUCCCAGAUAACCAUCGGAACAAGUUUAAGGUCAUUAAUGUGGAUGAUGAUGGGAAUGAGCUAGGCUCUGGUGUCAUGGAGCUCACAGACACAGAGCUGAUUCUGUACACCCGGAAACGCGACUCAGUAAAAUGGCACUACCUCUGCCUACGACGAUAUGGCUAUGACUCAAAUCUGUUUUCUUUUGAAAGUGGUCGAAGGUGUCAGACUGGACAAGGAAUUUUUGCUUUUAAGUGUGCCCGAGCAGAAGAAUUAUUUAACAUGUUGCAAGAGAUUAUGCAAAAUAAUAGUAUAAAUGUGGUGGAAGAGCCGGUUGUAGAAAGGAGUAGUCAUCAGACAGAGCUGGAAGUCCCUAGGACACCUCGGACACCUACAACUCCAGGGCUCGGUGCUCAGAACUUACCUAAUGGGUAUCCCCGCUACCCCUCGUUUGGAGACGCUUCAUCCCACCCCUCAAGCCGGCAUCCUUCUGUGGGAAGUGCUCGCUUACCUUCAGUCGGUGAAGAGUCCACACACCCUUUGCUCGUGGCUGAGGAACAAGUACAUACUUAUGUUAACACUACAGGUGUGCAAGAGGAGCGAAAAAACCGUGCAAGUGUGCAUGUUCCCCCAGAGGCAAGGGUUUCUAAUGCUGAGAGCAACACAGCAAAAGAAGACCCGAGUAACCCCGAGGACAGGGACCCUCAAGUGCUUCUCAAGCCUGAAGGAGUCAGGUUUGUGCUAGGACCAACCCCUGUCCAGAAGCAGUUAAUGGAAAAGGAGAAACUGGAGCAACUGGGAAAAGACCCAGUCAGUGGGAGUGGAGCGGGCAGCACGGAGUGGGACACCGGCUAUGACAGCGACGAGCGCAGAGAUGUGCCCCCUGUCAACAAACUGGUGUAUGAAAAUAUAAACGGGCUAUCUAUCCCCAGUGCCUCAGGGGUCAGGAGAGGUCGUCUGACAUCUACCAGCACCUCAGACACCCAGAAUAUCAACAACUCAGCGCAGAGAAGACCUGCACUAUUAAACUAUGAAAAUUUACCAUCUUUGCCUCCUGUUUGGGAAGCCCGCAAGCUCAGUAGGGAUGAAGAUGACAGUUUAGGACCAAAGACCCCAUCUCUAAAUGGCUACCAUAAUAAUCUAGAUCCAAUGCAUAACUAUGUUAAUACAGAGAAUGUAACAGUGCCGGCAAGUGCUCACAAAAUAGACUAUUCGAAGCGCAGGGAUUGUACACCGACAGUCUUUAACUUUGAUAUCAGGCGCCCCAGUUUAGAACAUAGGCAACUCAAUUAUAUACAGGUGGAUUUGGAAGGGGGCAGUGACUCUGACAACCCUCAGACUCCAAAAACGCCGACCACUCCCCUCCCGCAAACCCCCACGCGGCGCACAGAGCUGUACGCUGUGAUAGACAUUGAGAGAACUGCUGCUAUGUCCAACUUGCAGAAAGCACUGCCUCGAGACGACGGUACAUCUCGGAAGACGAGACACAAUAGUACUGACCUGCCCAUGUGAGCCCGGGAAGCACUGCGUCCUUCGCACCUCCGCAAGGUUUUCAGAGUGGAGAUGCAGUGCCUCCUUUUCAUUUCUACACUAACUCCUUUAUAGACUGGUCUUCUUGUUCUCAAUAUUCCAUGUGCAUCUUUAAAGGGAAUUAAUGCAGAGCAGGUCCUCCUUAGAGAACACUAAUCUCCUGAUAGCUACUCACUGUCCAGCCGCACCCCAUUCUCACAGUGCCUACUUAACCACAUGAAUGCCGUGCUGGGUGACCUGUCCUCAGCAUCCUAGGGGAUGCAUAGCUUUCAUGUCUGAGUUGUGGUGGGCGUUUGAACCUUUUAUAAAGUCUCUUGAUAAUGCGCAUUGCUAGCAUAACUCUGGGCCCUGAGAGGAACGCUCAUAGAUCACUGUUCACAGGGUAUGGUUGCCAGCAUGGAACGUGAGGAUUUUAUCUCAUUAGUUAAAGGCUUUUUGACUUGGGCCAAAUUUGUGUCAAAGAACAAAGAAAAAAGAAAAGAACAAAGAAAAACACUUCCUUUUGUACCAGUCAGCACCUCUGUCUUGAGUGUGCUGGGAAGAGUUCAGUCUCAUAGCUGUGAUUGCAAGGCAGUCAGGAGACAGCUCUGUGUCCCCACCUCCUGGUGUCAUGUGAAGGGCGUGUCCAGAUAGCAUCUUACUCAGAGUUAGGAUGGGCUUAGGAGUCAGUCUCAGGUCACUUUACCCAAAAGCAUUUGAAAGUCUACCCCUGAUCUCUCGGUGUGUCUGCGAUAGAUUAAUGACAGCACACAUGUGUCUAUAGACACUCGUGCCAUUCAGUCCCGUGGAGCUCCAGUUUCCCCUUUGGUCUUUGGGUUGUCUUGCCUUGGAUGUAAUACUUUUCCAAUUUACAACACAAUGUUUGUGUAUCGUUUUGGAAUAGGAUUGUGUGUUUGCUGUUACUACUUAGGCUGCGUUUUGUUUUUACGGUCUUGAAGGUCCAUUUGGAACUGACUGUUAUUCUCUAGCUGGGUUGCCCUUGUCCAGUAUUUAUUUAUCUCCUGCUUGCUUUUCAAGUUGAUGAAAAAAAUCGUCGUUUGGGUCUUAAAGUUCAUUUGUGUCCAUGGGUGAUGUCUUUAGUAGCUGAGAAGGAAAGGAAGAGACUCUAACAUGUGAGUCCCCGGAGGUCCUCGCUGGGGCGCCCUGCGCUGCACUUUAGCAGGGGUUGUCUCAGCUCCAUGGCUGUAGGCCCGCUCUCCCCGCUCUGCUGUCCUCUCACGUGGAGCUGGGCUCUGAUUCACCCUGUGAUGCUGGUGAGCUGUUACGAUUGUUGCCAGCAUAGCAGGAACAGGGAAGUCUUCAAGCAGCCCCGUUGUGUCCUAGUGAAGUGAAGAAAGGCCAUUCAGACUAAUGAGCUCCCAGACCACUGUGCAGCACAGGGAGUGCAGCCUGCCGGGUAGCUUCCCUUUUCUCUAAAGUCGGAGAAGUGCUGGUUAUGAUCUGGAUAUACCAGAUGCCACUAAGGUGGAUUUUGUCAAGAAAAGGGUUAAGUCAUCGGCAGUCAGUAUAUUUAGGAACUCAUCCCAGAACAGAGGCUGGAUUUGCAGAACAGUCGCGUGGGGCCAUAAUAUAUAGAUGGUUUCAUGUGCUCAUCUUCAGUGCCGUUGCUUCAUAGCAUAGCAGACGUUUCUUUUCCUUGUCCCUCUGGGAACUAAAAUGUUUGCUGUUCUCUUCCAGAGAGUAGUGGCUACAUGUGCAGUUUACAUAUUUAAUACACUGUUCCAUUCGUCCUUUCUUCUUAGUAGCUUUCUAAGUGUGCCAAAUUUCAGUGGUAGUUUUGUGAUGUGGGGUAAGGACGCUUAUGGGAAGAGCGCAGGUCCAGACAGAAGUAGCCCUCCACCUCAGAGGGCUGGUCUGCGCGGCCAUCUGCAGGCUGGGCGCUGUUCUUUCUCUGUACUCUUCACUUUUCCCUUCAGAUUUGAAUUAGAUUUUAUAUAUUUUAGCUGACUAAUAUCAUCAUUACAGCUAUGCUUUAAGUAGUGUAUGGCUUAAGAAUGCAAAUGGGACCAAUUUGUCUGCUAAGAAUUUGAUUUUAGGGUACAAUAUGAAUAUUAAGAAGAGGUAAACAGGUGUGUUAAUUUCUAGAUAUCUUCUGGAAACCACCUUUGUUUCUGUUUAACCAGUCCUGUAGAAUCCCUGUGCCCUUUACAGUCGUCUCAUGAUGGGCAUUUAGCUCUGUCCUGGAAGAAUGUACCUGCUACUAUUUGGUGAAUUUUAGAGUGAGAUAUUUUAUUGGCACAUAUUUGUAGCCAUAUGUCUCAGAUUUUCUGAAUCAAACCUAAUGUCAGAUCAUUGGUUUUGUUGGUUAGACCAUGUUACCCCACUUUCUGGUUUUGGAAAUAUAAUCCUUGCUCCCUUCUUUUCUCCCCAGAUAAAAACCCUUGCUUAGUCCAUAUAGAUCCUAACACUUAUACAGACCAGGGCUGGAGACUGAUAGGGUAUCACUAGUGUUUCCUGACUGUUGUGUUUCCCAGUUUCAUCUUCCUUUGAAAAGUGAAAAUAUGGUGCCUGCCCUCCCUCCCUCCCUCCCUCCCUCCCCCCCUCCCUCCCUCCAAAAAGACGGGCAAAUUGCUCCUUGUUCUCCCACUGCUGUGGAGUGAUGAGACACGCACUUUACUCUUGAAGACUCAGCAAAAAGACUCACUUCUCAGCAUAUCCAUAAUAGACCACAUUUCGGACUUAGGAAGCUUUGCCAAGCAGUCUCUGUCAUUACAGAUAUUAAUGUUGCCUUCCCCCCACCCCCCACACUAUGUUGUAAGUCAAACUGUGUUUGUCUGUGCUCCCCACUACGCCUACCCUAAAUCUGUGGGUGUGCACAGCAUAUAAAAUGUACCUCACUAAAGUUCUAUUGCAAAUGGGACAGGGCCUUAUGUGUUCAUCAUUUCCCAGCAAUGUGCCACCAUGUAUUUGCCUCAAGGCAAAGGUUUAACAAGCUAACAAGUACUUCCCAGUUCCCCUGUGCUGUUUUCUACCCACAAUACCCAAGUGUUUUGUGCAAUGUGUAGUGUGUAUGUAUAAAUAUAUAUAUAUAUAUUCUUUAGAGACAUCAUUCAGAAGUAAUGUAUUGGCAUCUCAUUCACAUUUCUGAUGUGAAGUAUAUGGUACUAUUUACUUUUUCCUUAAUGUUUGCCAAAUUAGAAUCAAGACAUUGGUACGAAAUUACAGCAUGUGUAGGAAACAUUUUGGCUUGAAGAGUUAACCUGAAAUCCUUUCCCCCAUCAGUGUGCCCUGUGCAGACUAGCGCCCUGCCGGCUCGCUACCUGGUUCCCAACCCUGCGUCCUCAAUGUUCAGGGUGUAACACAGUUCUCUCAUAGCAUCCUAUCAUUGAAAUUGUCUGACAGUUGGACAGUGAAGCCUGGAAACAGGCUGGUACAGUGUACAAUAGUCACCAGGGGCCGAGUUUGCAUUAGUAAAUGCAAAAUAGAUGUUUUAUAAAGGACAGACUUUGUGUUAUGUUUCUAUUUUCAUUACAUUGUAUAAUAAUGUAAGAUUAUUGUAUGUUCUAAUUUGCAUUAUAAAUGUUUUUUUCCUACAUAAAGGCAUAAAUAUAGCAACUUUGUAUAAAGGUAGCUUAUUAGAUUUUAAUUUUUCUUUUAUAAAAUUGUCUACAGUGGGACUACCAUUGCCAAAUUGUAUAUGAGAUAUGAAUCUUCCCCUAUGGUUAAUUUCUUUUCUAAACAUUCCAUAUUUCUCUAAUGAAAGACGUGAUACUGUACUAUGCAUAAAUUGUGUUUUAAUGCUGUUUCAUAUCAGCAGGUUAAUCUUGGGUUGGCAAACGUAACCACUGUUAUUACAAUAAAACCUUGUGUGUGUAAUGACGUCGCUGACCCUCUAGCCCCUGUCUUUGUUCUUGCUCCCCCAUCAGUGCCAAUGUCAGACGCCCUGUAGCAUGGCAAUAAAACAGACCUUCUACACUGAGGCCGAGUGUGGCUUUGUGGAGGACGUGUGGGUGGGAGGACCACCCCACAGUUGUCAUAGUGUGGGACUCUUUUGCCAUGUCAGCCGUGUUGUCAGGCAUAAGGAGUUAUCUACGAUGUAAACAUGCUUUAAGGACAAGUGUGCGAGUGCUUGGAAGCUUUGCUUUGAUGUAACAGGUAAUAACUAGUUGUUAAUCUUUGGAAAAGUCAGAGUCCUUGAAAUACAAUCAAGCCUUUAUUAACUGGAGUACUUAAAGAAUAAGCUAAUAAUGGAAUUUUGUUCAACAAGGGCUAAGCAACACUUUUACAAUUCUCUUAUUUAUUGUACUAGUAUACUUUCCUAUCCUAAAAUUAGAAUGUGUAAAAUGUGGUUCCAUCUUAGACUGUAGCAUCUUGCGAGGCCUUCCUGUCAGCAUCCGGGUGUAAAUAUCCAUGAUGGCUACCUGAUGGGUACAAGGUGAUACUGAAGCUGAGCUGACACUCCCUGACCUUCAGCAUUCAGGAAAACUGCUCUGUGGAAUCAAAUCUGAUGAGUUCUUAUGGUCACUUCUCCCUUAUUGCCAAAAGUAGAUUGCAAUAAAACCCAAAUAAACGUUUGGUUGGAUACUUA